AUUUCCUUUCCUCUAUUUUGCAUAAAAGAUUCCAAUAGAUACAACUUCAGAUAAAGAGAGUAAAAAAGAUUUACUUUCCCUCUCUACCUUUCCUUGUCAAAAGUUAGUCUUCUCAGGUACCAAGAGUUAAAUAGAUGGAAAGAGAGAGAUCCAUCAUUUAGAGGAUCUCUAGGGGCAGAAGUCAGGUCUGUCUUAUUCUUGCCCCUUGGGGCCUUGUUGCUGUGUUAAGCUCUUGUGGGGUGUGUUCCUGCUCCAUAAAACCUAUCAUAAACUAGACUCCUUCAAACAUAUAGAGGGCAAAGAAAGGAAAAGAAAAGAAAUAUAGAAUUAACAUAAAGUUGGGUCUUUUGAGCUUCUGAUUCAAGGAAGUGGUUAAUGGAGGAUAAGUAUAGUCUUAAUAGGCAGCAUAGUGGGAUAUGGAGAUCCUUGAGAGAUGGAGACUUUGAAGAAGAAGAUGUUUGGGCAGUUAUCAAGGACAAAUCUGAUUACUUUUCAGGAGUUCAAAAGCCAAAGGAAAAAGGGUCCUCUCCUCUCGCUGUUCCUAGAACCCUCCCAAGUGCUGCAAGGAUGAUCCCAAGGACUAGUAGUGGUAAUAGUAGUGCUAGUUCCUCUCAUGAAACCAAGGUUCUUCAGCAAUCAGCACCUGUCAAUAUUCCUGACUGGUCAGAGAUUUAUAGGAACAAGCAAAGUAAGACCCCUAAGAAUGUUUCAAGGUUUGGUGUUUAUGAUGAUUUCUAUCAUUCUGUUGAUGAUGAAGGUGAUGGUGUUGGUCUUGUCAAUUAUGGUGGUGGAGACAGUGAUGGUGAAGAAGAGGAAGAGGAUGAAUAUGAUACCAAGCUCCCUCCUCAUGAAUUUAUUGCAAGAAGGCUUGCAAGGAGUCAAAUAUCAUCAUUUUCAGUUUUUGAAGGUGUUGGGAGGACCCUCAAAGGUAGGGAUCUUAGCAAAGUGAGGAAUGCUGUUCUCACAAAAACUGGUUUCCUUGAAUCACUGUGAAGGGGUUUCCAUUAAUAAAAUUUGUGAUGUAUAGGGGGGAUUUGUUCUAGUUGUUCCUUAGUUAUUGAGAUUGUGUGCAUGGAUGUGUACGAAAUAUUAGUUUUAGGCAUUUUACCAUGAAAAAACAAUGAUUGGACAUGGUUGUGGCAACUCAAAAGUGAUUUCAUUUCAAUAUCCUGUUGUGGCAACUCAAAAAGUGUUUUCAGGAAUAAGAAACAAUAAAUUAUUAUUUUUUAUAUAUUCAAAUCAACUUAUGU